AAAAGGGGCCGCGGGCGGGCGGGAGCGCAGUGCGAGCGGAGCGGGCACCGGGCACGGCCUCGGCACGGAUCUACCCCCUUCUCCGCGCCGGCACCUCCCUCGCGGCCGCCGCAGACCAUGCCCUCUCUAUGACGGUGGCUGGCUGAGCUCACCCUGCAUGCCAGAAGACUGUCCUUGGUUGGUCCGAGGGCUUCUGGGGACUCCGGCCUCUGCCCGGUUUUUCCGCGUGUGUGUGUUCCUGUAGAACUUUCAAAACUGUUUCUCCAAAGGGUUUUGCAGAAACUCAGACUGUUUUCUAAAGCAGAAGCACCUCAGUCCCCGGCAGUAGUGAUGGGCAGCGUGCGAACCAACCGCUACAGCAUCGUGUCCUCGGAGGAGGACGGCAUGAAGCUGUCCACCAUGGCCGUGGCCAACGGCUUCGGCAACGGCAAGGGCAAGGUCCACACCCGGCAGCAGUGCCGGAGCCGCUUCGUCAAGAAGGAUGGACACUGCAACGUCCAGUUCAUCAACGUGGGCGAGAAGGGACAGCGCUACCUGGCCGAUAUCUUCACCACGUGCGUGGACAUCCGCUGGAGGUGGAUGCUCGUGAUCUUCUGCCUGACUUUCAUCCUCUCCUGGCUUUUUUUUGGCUGUGUGUUUUGGUUGAUUGCACUGUUGCAUGGGGAUCUGGAGAACCAAGAGAACAGCAAACCUUGCGUGUCUCAGGUGAGCAGCUUCACCGCAGCCUUCCUGUUCUCCAUCGAGACCCAGACCACGAUCGGCUACGGCUUCAGGUGUGUCACCGACGAGUGUCCCAUCGCCGUGUUCAUGGUGGUUUUCCAGUCCAUCGUGGGCUGCAUCAUUGAUGCCUUCAUCAUUGGUGCCGUCAUGGCAAAGAUGGCUAAGCCAAAAAAGAGGAACGAAACUCUGGUCUUCAGCCACAAUGCCGUGGUGGCCAUGAGGGACGGGAAGCUGUGCCUGAUGUGGCGCGUGGGCAACCUGAGGAAAAGCCACUUGGUGGAGGCGCACGUGCGGGCGCAGCUCCUGAAAUCCAGGAUCACGUCGGAAGGGGAGUACAUCCCCCUGGAUCAAAUAGACAUCAACGUGGGGUUUGACAGCGGCAUCGACCGCAUCUUCCUGGUCUCCCCCAUUACAAUAGUGCAUGAGAUAGACGAGGACAGUCCUUUGUAUGACCUGAGCAAACAGGACAUGGACAAUGCUGACUUUGAGAUUGUGGUCAUCUUGGAGGGCAUGGUGGAGGCCACCGCCAUGACCACCCAGUGCCGCAGCUCAUAUCUGGCAAAUGAGAUCCUCUGGGGCCACCGCUACGAGCCCGUGCUCUUCGAAGAGAAAAACUACUACAAGGUGGACUACUCGAGGUUCCACAAAACGUACGAAGUGCCCAACACACCCAUCUGCAGUGCCAGGGACUUAGCGGAGAAGAAAUACAUCCUCUCCAACGCCAACUCCUUUUGCUACGAGAACGAGGUGGCCCUCAGCAGCAAAGAGGAGGACGAGAUCGACACGGGGGUGCCUGAGAGCAUGAGCACAGACACCCACCCGGACAUGGAGCACCACAACCAGGCGGGGGUGCCCCUGGAGCCGCGGCCACUGCGGCGGGAGUCGGAGAUAUGACUGGCAGGCUCUGCCUCUCCCGCGUGGUUGGAAGGCAAAAACCCCACCGUGUCCAUCGGGCAAAGGCUCGUUGACCUGAGACGCUGGCCCAGAACAGUUUGCAGACAACGGUACUGUGGAAGAGUGGUGUGAAGGCAGCAGACCCGAGGAACCCAGGCUGGUUUUAGGGCUGUCCGCAGAGGAGGGACGACAGGAAAUGAACUCUAAACACAAAGCACUAAACAUGUCUAAGUAUGAACAGAAGGCACAUAUGUUGUAGAAUAAAUUAUGUAUAUAUUUUUUUACAAAACUUGAACUUGCA